AUGGACGUGGACCUCGACGUGGUCGUGGACGUGGUCGUGGACGUGGACGUGGACGUGGACAUGGACGUGGUCGUGGACGUGGACAUGGACGUGGACCUCGACGUGGUCGUGGACGUGGUCGUGGACGUGGACGUGGACGUGGACGUGGACGUCGACGUGGACUUGGACGUGGACGUGGAGGUGGACGUGGACGUGGACCGGGACGUGGACGUGGACGUGGACGUGGACGUGGACCUGGACGUGGUCGUGGACGUGGACGUGGACGUGGACGUGGUCGUGGACGUGGACGUGGACGUGGACGUGGACGUGGACGUGGACGUGGUCGUGGACGUGGACGUGGACGUAGACGUGGAGGUGGAGGUGGACGUGGACGUGGACCUGGACGUGGACGUGGUCGUGGACGUGGACGUGGACGUGGACCUGGACGUGGUCGUGGACGUGGACGUGGACGUGGACGUGGUCGUGGACGUGGACGUGGAUGUGGACGUGGACUUGGACGUAGACGUGGUCGUGGACGUGGACGUGGACCUGGACGUGGACGUGGACGUGGACUUGGACGUGGACGUGGACGUGGACGUGGACGUGGACGUCGACGUGGACGUGGACGUGGACGUUGACGUGGACGUGGACGUGGACAUGGUCGUGGACGUGGACGUGGACGUGGACGCUGACGUGGACGUGGACGUGGACGUGGUCGUGGACGUGGACGUGGACGUGGUCGUAGACGUGGUCGUGGACGUGGACGUGGACGUGGACGUGGUCGUGGACGUGGACGUGGACGUGGAAGUGGACGUGGUCGUGGACGUGGACGUGGACGUGGACUUGGACGUGGACGUAGACGUGGUCGUGGACGUGGUCGUGGACGUGGACGUGGACGUGGUCGUGGACGUGGACGUGCACGUGGACGUGGACGUGGACGUGCACGUGCACGUGGACGUGGACGUGGACGUGGAUGUGGACGUGGUCGUGGACGUGGUCGUGGACGUGGUCGUGGACGUGGACGUGGACGUGGAAGUGGACGUGGUCGUGGACGUGGACGUGGACGUGGACGUGGACGUGGAUGUGGUCGUGGACUUGGACGUGGACGUGGACGACGUGCACGUGGACGUGGACGUGGACGUGGACGUGGAGGACGAGGACGUGGACGUGGACGUGGAGGACGAGGACGUGGAUGUGGACGUGGACUUGGACGUGGACGUGGACGUGGACGUGGACUUGGACGUGGACGUGGACGUGGACGUGGUCGUGGUUGUGGACGUGGACGUGUACGUGGACGUGGACGUGGACGUGGACGUGUACGUGGACGUGGUCGUAGACAUGGACGUGGACAUGGACGUGGACCUGGACGUGGACGUGGACGUGGACCUGGACGUGGACGUGGACGUGGACGUGGUCGUGGACGUGGACGUGGUCUUGGACGUGGACGUGGACGUGGAGGACGAGGACGUGGACGUGGACGAGGAGGACGAGGACGUGGACGUGGACUUGGACGUGGACGUGGACGUGGACUUGGACGUGGACGUGGACGUGGACAUGGACGUGGACGUGGUCGUGGACGUGGACGUGUACGUGGACGUGGACGUGGACGUGUACGUGGACGUGGUCGUGGACGUGGACGUGGUCGUGGACGUGGACGUGGACGUGGACGUGGACCUGGACGUGGACGUGGACGUGGACGUGGACGUGGACGUGGACGUGCACGUGCACGUGGUCGUGGACGUGGACGUGGACGUGGACGUGGUCGUGGACGUGGACGUGGACGUGGACGUGGUCGUGGACGUGGACGUGGACGUGGUCGUGGACGUGGUCGUGGACGUGGUCGUGGACGUGGAUGUGGACGUGGACGUGGUCGUGGACGUGGAUGUGGACGUGGACGUGGACGUGGACGUGGACUUGGACGUGGACUUGGACGUGGACGUGGACGUGGACGUCGACGUGGACGUGGACCUGGACGUGGACGUGGACGUGGACCUGGACGUGGACGUGGUCGUGGACGUGGACGUGGACGUGGUCGUGGACGUGGACGUGGACGUGGUCGUGGACGUAGACGUGGACGUGGACGUGGACGUGGACAUGGUCGUGGACGUGGACGUGAACGUGGACGUGGACGUGGACGUGGACGUGGACGUGGACGUGGACGUGGUCGUGGACGUGGACGUGGACGUGGACGUGGUCGUGGACGUGGUCGUGGACGUGGACGUGGACGUGGACGUGGACCUCGACGUGGUCGUGGACGUGGACGUGGACGUGGACGUGGACUUGGACGUGGACUUGGACGUGGACGUGGACGUGGACGUGGUCGAGGACGUGGACGUGGACGUGGACGUGGACGUGGUCGUGGACGUGGACGUGGACGUGGACGUGGACUUGGACUUGGACGUGGACGUGGACGUGGAUGUGGACGUGGACGUGGACCUGGACGUGGACGUGGACUUGGACCUGGACGUGGACGUGGACGUGGACGUGGACGUGGACGUGGUCGUGGACGUGGACGUGGACGUGGACGUGAUCGUGGACGUGGACGUGGACGUGGACGUGGUCGUGGACGUGGACGUGGUCGUGGAUGUGGACGUGGACGUGGUCGUGGACGUGGACGUGGACGUGGACUUGGACGUAGUUGUGGACGUGGACGUGGACGUGGAGGACGUGGACGUGGACGUGGAGGACGUGGACGUGGACGUGGACGUGGACGUGGUCGUGGACGUGGACGUGGUCGUGGACGUGGAGGUGGACGUGGACGUGGUUGUGGACGUGGACGUGGACGUGUACGUGGACGUGGUCGUGGACGUGGACGUGGACAUGGACGUGGACGUGGACGUGGUCGUGGACGUGGACCUGGACGUGGACGUGGUCGUGGACGUGGACGUGGACGUGGACGUGGUCGUAGAAGUGGACGUGGACGUGGACGUGGACAUGGUCGUGGACGUGGACGUGGACGUGGACGUGGACGUGGACGUGGACGUGGUCGUGGACGUGGACGUGGACGUGGUCGUGGACGUGGACGUGGACGUUGACCUCGACGUGGACGUGGUCGUGGACGUGGACGUGGACGUGGUCGUGGACAGGGACCUGGACGUGGACGUGGACUUGGACGUGGACGUGGACGUGGACGUGGACAUCGACGUCGACGUGAACUUGGACGUGGACGUGGACGUGGACGUGGACGUGGUCGUAUACGUGGACAUGGACGUGGUCGUGGACGUAGACGUGGACGUGGACCUGGACGUUAACGUGGACGUGGACGUGGACUUGGACGUGGACGUGGACGUGGUCGUGGACGUGGACCUGGAUGUGGUCGUGGACUUGGACGUGGACGUGGACGUCGACGUCGACGUCGACGUGGUCGUGGUCGUGGACAUUGACGUGGACGUGGACGUGGACGUGGUCGUGGACGUGGACGUGGACGUGGACGUGAUCGUGGACGUGGUCGUGGACGUGGUCGUGGACGUGGACGUAGACGUGGACCUGGACGUGGUCGUGGACGUAAACGUGGACGUGGACGUGGACUUGGACAUGGACUUGGAUGUGGACGUGGACGUGGUCGUGGACGUGGUCUUGGUCGUGGACGUGGACGUCGACGUGGACGUGGUCGUGGACGUGGACGUGCACGUGGACGUGGACGUGGACGUGGACGUGAUCGUGGACGUGGACAUGGACGUGGUCGUGGACGGGGUCGUGGACAUGGUCGUGGACGUGGUCGUAGACGUGGACGUGGACGUGGACGUGGACCUGGACGUGGUCGUGGACGUGGACGUGGACGUGGACGUGGACUUGGACAUGGACUUGGACGUGGACGUGGACGUGGACGUGGUCUUGGACGUGGACGUGGACUUGGACGUGGACUUGGACGUGGACGUGGACGUGGACGUGGACGUGGACGUGGUCGUGGACGUGGACGUGGACGUGGUCGUGGACGUGGACGUGGACGUGGUUGUGGACCUGGACGUAGACGUGGACGUGGACUUGGACGUGGUCGUGGAUGUGGACCUGGAUGUGGUCGUGGACUUGGACGUGGACAUGGACGUGGACGUGGACGUGGUCGUGGACGUGGACGUGGUUGUGGACAUCGAAGUGGACGUGGACGUGGAUGUGGACGUGGACGUGGACCUUGAUGCGGACGUGGACGUGGACGUGGACGUGGAGGAUGUGGACGUGGACGUGGACGUGGACGAAGACGACGAGGACGUGGACAUGGACGUGGAGGACGAGGACGUGGACGUGGACUUGGACAUGGACGUGGACGUGGACUUGGACGUGGACGUGGAGGAGGACGUGGACGUGGACGUGGUCGUGGACGUGGACGUGUACGUGGACGUGGACGUGGACGUGGACGUGGACGUGGACGUGUACGUGGACGUGGACGUGGACGUGGUCGUGGACGUGGACAUGGACGUGGACGUGGACCUGGACGUGGACGUGGUCAUGGACCUGGACGUGGACGUGGUCGUGGUCGUGGACGUGGACGUCGACGUCGACGUCGACGUGGACUUGGACGUGGACGUGGACGUGGACGUCGACGUCGACGUCGACGUGGUCGUGGUCGUGGACAUGGACGUGGACGUGGACGUGGACGUGGUCGUGGACGUGGACGUGGACGUGGACGUGAUCGUGGACGUGGUCGUGGACGUGGUCGUGGACGUGGACGUAGACGUGGACCUGGACGUGGUCGUGGACGUAAACGUGGACGUGGACGUGGACGUGGACUUGGACAUGGACUUGGACGUGGACGUGGACGUGGUCGUGGACGUGGUCUUGGUCGUGGACGUGGACGUCGACGUGGACGUGGUCGUGGACGUGGACGUGCACGUGGACGUGGACUUGGACAUGGACUUGGACGUGGACGUGGACGUGGACGUGGUCUUGGACGUGGACGUGGACUUGGACGUGGACUUGGACGUGGACGUGGACGUGGACGUGGACGUGGACGUGGUCGUGGACGUGGACGUGGUCGUGGACGUGGAUGUGGACGUGGUCGUGGACCUGGACGUAGACGUGGACGUGGACUUGGACGUGGACGUGGACGUGGUCGUGGAUGUGGACCUGGAUGUGGUCGUGGACUUGGACGUGGACAUGGACAUGGACGUGGACGUGGUCGUGGACGUGGACGUGGUUGUGGACAUCGAAGUGGACGUGGACGUGGAUGUGGACGUGGACGUGGGCCUGGAUGCGGACGUGGACGUGGACGUGGACGUGGAGGAUGUGGACGUGGACGUGGACGUGGACGAAGACGUGGAAGUGGACGUGGAGGACGAGGAUGUGGACGUGGACGUGGAGGACGAGGACGUUGACGUGGACUUGGACGUGGACGUUGACGUGGACUUGGACGUGGACGUGGACGUGGAGGACGAGGACGUGGACAUGGACGUGGAGGAUGAGGACGUGGACGUGGACUUGGACGUGGACGUGGACGUGGACUUGGACGUGGACGUGGAGGUGAACGUGGACGUGGAUGUGGUCGUGGACGUGGACGUGUACGUGGACGUGGACGUGGACGUGGACGUGUACGUGGACGUGGUCGUGGACGUGGACGUGGACAUGGACGUGGACUUGGACGUGGACGUGGACGUGGACGUGGACCUGGACGUGGUCGUGGAUGUGGACGUGGACGUGGACGUGGACGUGGACGUGGACGUGGUCGUGGACGUGGACGUGCACGUGGACGUGGACGUGGACGUGCACGUGGACGUGGACGUGCACGUGGACGUGGACGUGGACGUGCACGUGGACGUGGACGUGGUCGUGGACGUGCAUGUGGACGUGGACGUGGACGUGGACGUGGACGUGGUCGUGGACGUGGACGUGGUCGUGGACGUGGACGUGGACGUGGACGUGGUCGUGGACGUGGACGUGGUCGUGGACGUGGACGUGGACGUGGUCGUGGACGUGGACGUAGACAUGGACGUGGACGUGGUCGUGGACGUGGACGUAGACGUGGACGUGGACCUGGACGUGGACUUGGACGUAGACGUGGACGUGGACGUGGACGUCGACGUCGACGUCGACGUGGACUUGGACGUGGACGUGGACGUGGACGUGGACGUCGACGUCGACGUGGUCGUGGUCGUGGACAUGGACGUGGACGUGGACGUGGACUUGGUCGUGGUCGUGGACGUGGACGUGGACGUGAAUGUGAUCGUGGACGUGGUCGUGGACGUGGUCGUGGACGUGGACGUCGACGUGGACCUGGACGUGGUCGUGGACGUGGACGUGGACGUCGACGUCGACGUCAACGUGGCGUGGACGUGGUCGUGGACGUGCACGUGCACGUGCACGUGGACGUGGACGUGGACGUGGACGUGGUCGUGGACGUGGACGUGGUCGUGGACGUGGACGUGGACGUGGUCGUGGACGUGGACGUGGACGUGGACGUGGUCGUGGACGUGGUCGUGGACGUGGACGUGGACGUGGACGUGGACGUGGACCUGGACGUGGUCCUGGCGUGGACGUGGACGUGGAUGUGGACUUGGACAUGGACUUGGACGUAGACGUGGACGUGGACGUGGUCGUGGACGUGGACAUGGACUUGGACGUGGACGUGGACGUGGACGUGGUCAUGGACGUGGACGUGGACGUGGACGUGGACGUGGACUUGGACGUGGACGUGGACGUGGUCGUGGACGUGGACCUGGAUGUGGUCGUGGACUUGGACGUGGACGUGGACGUGGACGUGGACGUGGUCGUGGACGUAAACGUGGUUGUGGACAUCAAAGUGGACGUGGACAUGGAUUGGACGUGGAGGACGAGGACGUGGACGUGGACGUGGAGGACGAGGACGUUGACGUGGACUUGGACGUGGACGUGGACGUGGACUUGGACGUGGACGUGAAGGACGAGGACGUGGACAUGGACGUGGAGGACGAGGACGUGGACGUGGACUUGGACGUGGACGUGGACGUGGACGUGGACUUGGACGUUGACGUGGAGGUGGACGUGGACGUGUACGUGGACGUGGACGUGGACGUGUACGUGGACAUGGUCGUGGACGUGGACGUGGACAUGGACGUGGACCUGGACGUGGACGUCGACGUGGACCUGGACGUGGACGUGGACGUGGACGUGGACGUGGACGUGGUCGUGGACGUGGACGUGGACGUGGACGUGGACGUGGACGUGGUCGUGGUCGUGGACGUGGACGUGGACGUGGACGUGGUCGUGGACGUGGACGUGGACGUGGACAUGGUCGUGGACGUGGUCGUGGACGUGGUCGUGGACGUGGACGUGGACGUGGACGUGGACGUGGACGUGGACGUGGUCGUGGACGUGGUCGUGGACGUGGACGUGGACGUGGACGUUGACGUGGACGUGGACGUGGACUUGGACGUGGACUUGGACGUGGAUGUGGAUGUGGACUUGGACGUGGUCGUGGACGUGGACGUGGACGUGGACGUGGUCGUGGACGUGGACGUGGACGUGGACGUGGACGUGGACUUGGACGUGGACGUGGACGUGGACGUGGACCUGGACGUGGACGUGGACUUGGACGUGGACGUGGACGUGGUCGUGGACGUGGACGUGGUCGUGGACGUGGUCGUGGACGUGGACGUGGACGUGGACGUGGACGUGGACGUGGACGUGGUCGUGGACGUGGACGUGGACGUGGACGUGGACGUGGACGUGGACGUGGACGUGGACGUGGACGUGGUCAUGGACGUGGAUGUGGACGUGGACGUGGUCGUGGACGUGGACGUGGACGUGGACGUGGACGUGGACGUGGACGUGGACGUGGUCGUGGUCGUGGACGUGGAGGUGGUCGUGGACGUGGACGUGGAGGUGGUCGUGGACGUGGACGUGGACGUGGUCGUGGACUUGGACGUGGACGUGGACGUGGACGUGGUCGUGGUCGUGGACGUGGACGUGGACGUGGAGGUGGACGUGGACGUGGACGUGGACGUGGACGUGGACGUGGUCGUGGACGUGGACGUGGACGUGGACGUGGUCGUGGACGUGGACGUGGACGUGGACGUGGACGUGGACGUGGUCGUGGACGUGGACGUGGACGUGGACCUCGACGUGGUCGUGGACGUGGACGUGGACGUGGACUUUAACGUGGACUUGGACGUGGACGUGGACGUGGACGUGGACGUGGACGUGGUCGUGGACGUGGACGUGGACGUGGACGUGGACGUGGACCUGGACGUGGACGUGGACUUGGACGUGGACGUGGACGUGGACGUGGACGUGGACGUGGACGUGGACGUGGUCGUGGACGUGGACGUGGACGUGGACGUGGACGUGGACGUGGUCGUGGACGUGGACGUGGACGUGGACGUGGACGUGGUCGUGGACGUGGACGUGGACGUGGACGUGGACGUGGUUGUGGACGUGGACGUGGUCCUGGACGUGGACGUGGACGUGGUCGUGGACGUGGACGUGGACGUGGACUUGGACGUAGAUGUGGACGUGGACAUGGAAGACGUGGACGUGGACGUGGAGGACGUGGACGUGGACGUGGACGUGGAGGACGUGGACGUGGACGUGGACGUAAACGUGGUCGUGGACGUGGACGCGGACGUGGAUGUGGUCGUGGACGUCGACGUGGACGUGGUCGUGGACGUGGACGUGGAUGUGGACGUGGACCUGGACGUGGACGUGGACGUGGACGUGGACGUGGUCGUGGACGUCGACGUGGACGUGGACGUGGUCGUUGACGUGGACGUGGACGUGGUCGUGGAUGUGGACGUGGACGUGGACGUGGACGUGGUCGUGGACGUGGACCUGGACCUGGACGUGGACGUGGACGUGGACAUGGACGUGGAGGACGUGGUGGUGGAGGUGGAGGACGUGGACGUGGACGUGGACGUGGUCGUGGACGUGGACGUGGACGUGGACGUGGACUUGGACGUGGACGUGGACGUGGACGUGGACCUGGACGUGGACGUGGACUUGGACGUGGUCGUGGACGUGGACGUGGACGUGGACGUGGACUGUUGA